GCCAUGGCUGGAGUGAUCACCACUGAGGCAUCUAAGUGCAAGAUCCAGGUGCUGCAGCAGCAUGCCGACAAGGCCGAUGAGAGAGCUGAGAGGCUGGAGAGGGAGGUCGAGGCCGAGCACUGCGCCCGCAAACAGGCUGAGGCAGAAGUGGCAUCCCUAAAUCAGCACAUUCAACUAGUUGAGGAAGAGCUGGACCAGGCCCAGGAGCACCUUGCUGCAGCCUUGCAAAAGUUGGAGAAAGUCAAGAAAGCUGAAGAUGAGUGUGAAUGGACCGUGAAGUCUAUUGAGAACAGAGCCCUGAAGCAUGAAGAGAAGAUGGACCUGCCAGAGAUCAAGCUCAAUGAAACCAAUCACAUCAAUGAACAGGCUAACCAAAAAUAUGAAAAA